AUGACCGUGGACUUUGAGUUGCUGGCCCCCAAGAGCCGUGGAUUGCGGCUCUCUGGCCAAUACGACCCCGCACAGUUAAUAUUGUUGGAGAAUAUUACGGAUUUUUGCAUUUGCUCUCGAUUAUCAGCAUCAACACCACUAUACGCUGGCGUCCACUCAUCACCCGACCUCUUGACGAGGCUCAUUACCUUGAACGACAUAAAAAAGAAUCGACGGACCGAAGACGACUGA